AAUCCUAUAUUUGGCGUUACUACUGAAAGAUAUGGCUGCAUACAUUGUAUUAGCCUGCUAACUCGACGUUUACGUUUGACAGAAGCUUAAUUCUUCGACCAACGUUUUGAAAUUGUAUGAUAACAAGGAAGUUAUAUCGCUUCUGUCGACACAAAAAAAUCCUUAACCAUGCCAACAACGGCUUUCUGAGUUUUGUAAAUCACGUUAGCUAGCAAGCUAUACAAAGGAUAAACCAGUUAGCCAGCUGCUAGCCUAGCUAGGUGGCUAGCUAGCUUAGCUCCUUACGAAGUGUUUACUGUUAUUUUGUGACCAGCUAGAUAAAAAAAAACAUAGCUGGAUACAUUUGCUGGUGUUACAAAGAAAAAGCGCCUAUCGGGUAACUCCGAGCCUCAAUGCCCGAACAAGGCCCAAGGAUGAAUGGUUUUUCCCUCGGCGAACUAUGCUGGCUAUUCUGUUGCCCACCCUGUCCCAGUCGCAUCGCGUCUAAACUAGCCUUUCUCCCACCCGAACCCACGUACUCCGUGCACACCGAUGCUAACGGGACGAGUAGCCUGCAUCUAACCGAGCGAGCAGACUGGCAGUACUCCCAACGUGAACUGGACGCUGUCGAGGUGUUCAACACCAGAACCAGUCGGGGAAACCGUGUGGGGUGCAUGUUCGUACGAUGCGCACCCAACAGCCGGUACACGCUGCUCUUUUCCCACGGUAACGCAGUGGACUUAGGCCAAAUGUGUAGUUUCUACAUCGGCCUCGGUUCGAGGAUAAACUGCAACGUCUUCUCGUAUGAUUAUUCGGGCUACGGUGUCAGCAGCGGGAAACCGUCAGAAAAGAAUCUGUAUGCGGACAUCGAGGCUGCCUGGCAGGUGCUAAGGAACAAGUAUGGAGUGACCCCAGAGAACAUCAUCCUGUACGGCCAGAGCAUCGGCACGGUGCCCACGGUGGAUCUGGCGGCGCGCUACGAGUGUGCUGCGGUCAUCCUGCACUCACCACUUAUGUCCGGCCUGCGUGUGGCCUUCCCCGACACGCGCAAGACCUACUGCUUCGACGCCUUCCCCAGCAUCGACAAGGUGUCCAAGGUGGCGUCGCCGGUGCUGGUGAUCCACGGCACGGAGGAUGAGGUGAUCGACUUCUCGCACGGCCUGGCCAUGUACGAGCGCUGCCCGCGUGCCGUGGAGCCCCUGUGGGUGGAGGGCGCCGGGCACAACGACAUCGAGCUCUAUGCCCAGUACCUGGAGCGACUCAAGCAGUUCAUCUCCAUCGAGCUGCCCUCCUCCUGAUCUCCCUUGGCCUCCUCCACUAAAACCUAGAGGGGGGCUGCGUAUCAAUAGUCUAAAAUGGCUUCCUUGAUAUUGUUUUCUGUUCUUGAUCUGUGCUGAAAAGUGGAUUGGUGGAAAUUUGAUACCUGAAAUCCACCAUAUUGGUUUUUACUUAGAAGUUGUUUUGUAGAUCAGUGCAGAUGAUGGAGAGGAGGGGAGGAAGUGUUGCGAUGCACCCCCCAGGGCUUAACCAGGUCAGGCUGAGCUGAGCCAGGCAUCCCAGGCGCUCAUAUGUGGACAGGUCCCAGGUCUCUGCCAGGAGCUAGGGCCCGCUCAGUAUUUGCACUUGCUCUUCAAUCUGGAUCUCGAUUUGAUUCUUCUCUCUCUCUCUCUCUCUCUCUCUCUCUCUCUCUCUCUCUCUCUCUCUCUCUCUCUCUCUCUCUCU